CACACUGGUACGUGGUGGCUGCCACUUUUUUUGUGAACUGGGCUGCAUAUUUUUGUUUUGUCGUAAUAAUAUCACAAGUUCUCGGUUAAAAUUCAAGUGUUAGAUGCGCCUAACGGUCUAUAAUAUACGAGUAAUUAAUUAGCGUGGUUAAAAGGCGGGGAGAAUCGGCCGGAAGACCAGCAACCUCGGGCCAAUUAGCUAAAUUGCCCAGCGAAUUGCGCAAAUGGCCGAUGGAACUUUUUGCCAAACUGGGUUAAAUUGAAGGCCAAGGAUCAGGAUCUGGAGAAAAAGCGAUCAAGAUGGACGACCUGUCGCAGGGCGACAUAGACAUAUGCCGCGUGUGCCGAUGCGAAGCGCAGUCGGAUAGGCCUCUGUUUUACCCAUGCAUUUGCACGGGAUCGAUCAAGUACAUCCACCAGGACUGUCUGAUGCAAUGGAUGCGCUACUCGCACAAAGAGUACUGCGAACUGUGCGGCUACCGCUUCAGUUUCCAGCCCAUCUAUGCCCCGGAUAUGCCGCGAGUCCUGCCGUUGAAGGAUGUCCUGGUGGGUCUAAUGUCCGCUGUUUUGGAGGGCGCCCGCUGCUGGCUCCACUACUCCUUGGUGGGCAUGGCCUGGUUUGGAGUGGUCCCAUUGUCCGCCUACAGGACCUACCGGUAUCUAUUCCGGGCCAGCUCCUUCGACAUGAUUCUCACGCUGCCCUUUGACAUCUUCUCCAUGGAAAACCUUGCAGCAGAUGCGUUUCGGGGCUGCUUUGUGGUGACUUGCACCUUGCUAUCCUUUAUAGGAUUGGUUUGGCUGCGCGAACAAAUCCUCCAUGGCGGCGGCCCCGAUUGGCUGGAGCGGGAUGAUGCCCCUCUGCAGGCAGCGGCUGCUAAUCCUGCGCCUGCUCCUGUCGCAGAGGCAGCUCCUCUGCCCCAGGACGACAACAACAAUGGCGAUGCACCGCAGGACGUGCCCAUGGACAACGAGGCGCCCGCCCCAGCGGACAACGAGGGACAGGAUGCCGCCCGGGAAGCAGCUCCAGCGGCUGCAGCUCCCGCCGUGGACGCCGAUGCGGAUGAGCAGAAUUGGAACCCCAUGGAAUGGGAUCGUGCCGCUGAGGAGCUCACCUGGGAACGCCUUCUGGGCCUCGAUGGCUCGUUGGUUUUCCUCGAGCACGUCUUCUGGAUCAUCUCACUAAACACCAUGUUCAUCUUUACCUUCGCCUUUUGCCCCUAUUGCGUGGGCAACUUUAUCUUGAGUUCCAUGGAUCUUCUGCAGCCGGAGAAGCCACUGUUGCACUUUCACGGCCUGAUUACCACUUUAUUUGGAUACUGUUGCAUUGGCUUGACUUUGGUGGUGCUGCACUUCUUCGCCAGAGUAUUCCGUUUGCGAAGAGUAUGCUGGUUUAUUGGAUUGUGCUAUAUAGUGGUGAAGGUAUCAUUACUUUCCGUUGUGGAGAUUGGAGUACUACCGCUCAUCUGCGGCUGGUGGCUGGACAUCUGCUCGUUGCCUUUACUGGACGCCAGUCUUAAGGAUCGCAAGGCUAGCUUCAAAGCGGCUCCGGGCACCUCUCUUUUCGUUCACUGGAUGUUUGGCAUGGUCUACGUUUAUUACUUUGCUGCUUUCAUCUCGCUGCUGAGGGAGGUUCUGAGGCCGGGCGUGCUCUGGAUCUUUCGUAAUGUCAACGAUCCGGACUUCAGUCCCAUCCAGGAGAUGAUCCAUGUACCGAUUGUGAGACACAUCCGCCGGCUGGUCGCCUCGGCCAUGAUCUUUGGUUUCGCCGUUCUCUUGAUGCUUUGGCUGCCCAUUAGGAUUCUUCAGGUGGCCUGGCCAAACUUCUUGCCCUAUGCUCUGAGUGGUGAUGCGGAGGUCAACGAUUUAAGUCUGCAACUGCUUCUUUUGCAGAUCGUUUUACCAGGCUUCUUUGAGCAAACCCAAACGCGCAUCUGGCUGAAGGGAUUACUUCGCAUAUGGUGCACCGCGGUGGCCUGGUUGCUGGGCAUCCGAAGCUAUUUGCUUCCGGCCCCUGAACCGGAGCCCGAGAAUCCCGCAGCUGGUGAAGAAGGCGUGGAGAAUGCGGCUGGCGAAAAUGGUAAUCAAGAGGGCGAUAAUGAGGGAGCUGUUGCACCACCACCGCCGCCUCCACCGCCACCGCCAGUAGAACCUGCGCCAGCACCACGAAACCUGGCCGCCGCUCAUCAGGCAAUCAUGCAGCGGGAUGCACCCGUGGGAUUCCAGCCAUACGACAAACCCUCGCUGUUCGCCUUCCGUUUGUGCGCCCUGCUCUCCCUCAUGUGUUUGUCCAUCGUUUGUGCUGCCAUGCUGACGCUCACCGUACCCGUCUACAUUGGUCGGCGGCUGAUGAUGCUCUGGACUGGCCAGCCGGGUGAGAAGGCAGCCGGUGCGGGAGCGGCCGCCGCGGCAGGAGCAGUCGGAGUGGCUGGGAAUCUGGCGCCGGUGGAUCCGGAGGGAGCCAGGAAGAACGAGCGACUGCUGCGUUCUCACGAGCUGUACACCGCUGAGAUUGGAGGCUACCUGUGCUGGAUUGUCUGCCGGGGAGUGGCCGUGGUCGUCACCCUAUUGCCCCAAGGACGAGCGGCUAUUGUCAGCAAACUCAAGCACUGGGCACGAGUGGCAUUACAAUAUGCCCUGCCUGUUUUAACUCUCCUGGGAAUCUUCGUGCUGGUUCCACUACUUUUUGGAUUGCUACUUGAAUUGGUGGUGGUCAUUCCCCUACGCGUUGCAUUGAGCAAGACACCCAUCCACUUCCUGUGGCAGGAUUGGGCGCUGGGCGUGCUCUACAGCAAGAUAGCCAUCGCCUUGACUCUAAUGGGUCCGGAUUGGCAUUUGAAACGGGCCUUGGAGCGUGCCUAUAUGGAUGGAUUGCGCGAUUUCGAUCUGAAGUUUGUGAUGCGGGACUUGGCAGUGCCGGUGGUUACUACUUUUGGCCUGGCUUUGGCCGCUCCCUACGUCCUGGCCCACAUGGUGUUCCCGAUUUUCCUAGCCGACGCUUAUGCGCGGCAUGUCGUCGCCCGUCUCGUUUAUCCGGUUAGCUUCUUCGUGGUGGGCAGCAUCUGCUUCGUUUUGUUCCAGAUCAAGCAGCUGAAGAAGCUCUACCUGUCCAUCAAGGUGGACAAGUAUCUGGUGGGACAGCGGCUAGUAAACUACGAGCACCGCAAAAAGCAGCAGCAGCAACAGCAGCAGCAGCAGGAGGAGGAGGAGCAGCAGCGGGCGGCUCGGGAGUUGAAGGAGAACCAGGAGAGGGAUCGGGAGCGGGAACGGGAGCAGCUGGCCCAGGAACAGGAGUUGGCCCAGCUUCUGUAACGAGAUCAGAUUUUUAUUUCAACCUGACAAGAAGAAGGAUGCCACGAGAAGCUGAUAGCUAUGCUUUUUCAUCCUGAAGCUACUCCUGCUGCUGAUAUAUCUCUGAUUAGUCUCUGUUGCCCUGCUCAAACGGAGGAUUUAAAAAUUUUCGAGUGAAAUAAACCUAUUUUGUUUUAGCUUCGGCCUUUUUACCCCACAUUAGUAAUCUUUCGUUAUAUGAUUCAUGUGUUAGCUACAAUUGUUGUUAAAUCCUUUAAACCCUUAUAUCGCUUAUAGAUCCUAAGUUGUAUGAUAUUUUAAGACAGCCAGGCAUAAAGCCCCGCCACACCCCCGACCUUAUAUAAGUAAUCUUUUGAGUAGCGUUGAAACCUUGUAUUAGAGCCGUGUGCAGAAACUACAUUUGUGAAGUGUCAACCGAGCAAAAACUUUAGAAAACCCCGAAAUAAACCAAAUCCAACAUGGUAAAACUGGUGAAAAAUUACGGAUAGUGGAAAGUAAAUAAAGAAAUUUUCGAGCUAGCUUUACGAACUGUAAAAAUUAUAUAUGUAUACAUUAUAAAUAUAACUGAUUUAAAAUUAAUUAAAAAAUUUAAACUUA